AUGUCAUCCCAAGAAGGCUCAAUCCUCAUCACCGGCCCCAACGGCGGCAUCGGCUUCGGCUUCAUCUCCCAAUUCCUCAAAUCCCCCUACGCACACACCCACUCCGCCAUCUACGCCGUCCGCGACCCCGCCAAAGCAACAGAUCUCAAAACCGCACUCCUCAAAGCGCCCAAAUCCCACAACUACAUCCUCCUCGCUAUAGAUCUCACUUCUCAAUCCAGCAUCCACUCGUUCGCAAAAGAUAUCAACUCUCGCAUCUCAUCUGGUUCCAUCCCGCCCAUUUCAGCACUCAUCCUGAAUGCGGGCGUGCAGGAUACGGCGCGGGAACAUUUUACGGCCGAUGGGUUCGAGAGGACGUUUUUUGUGAAUUACCUGGCUAAUUUCUUGUUGACGCUGUUGCUGCUGGAGAGUAUGGAUAAGGGGCAUGGGCGGGUGAUUUAUGUGGGGAGCACGUCGUCGGAUGUGCGGUGGUGGGUGAAUAAUGGGAAUUUUAGUCGGGAGGAGCAGAGGGCGGGGAUAGUGACGACGAGUUGUGAGAAUAUGGCCAAGGGGAUAGAGGAUUUUCCGGACGGGGAUGUGCUUAAGACUGGGCAGAGGAGGUAUGCGUUGAGUAAGAUUUUGAUGGGGGCUUGGAUGCACGAACUCCAACGCCGCAUCAACACCGACCCCUCACUCUCCAACAUCUCCAUCAUCGGCCACGACCCAGGCUGGAUAGGCGCCACGAACCUAACCCGCAACGGCGACCCAACUGUCAAGAUCUCUUUCGCAUGCAUCAAAUUCGUUGCUCGGUUCGCCUGGAUCUUCUCGUCUAAUCCGAUGCUUCGCACGCCUGAGCGGAACGGCGGGUAUCUACUGACUUUGUGUUUUGAUCGGACGAAGUUCGGGGAAUUUCCGAAGGCGUUGUAUGUUGAUGGUGGGGUGCUGUAUAAGACUGUGCCGGAGGCCAAUGAUGAGGGGUUGCAGAAGAGACUUUGGAAGGAGAGUUUGGGGUUUGUAGGGGUGAAGGAGGGGGAGACGGUGUUGAGAGAUUGGAAGUGA